GUGUACAGUUGAAGAUAAUCAGGCAUUUCAGUGCUUGGAGAUACUGUAGCAAGUAAUGAAUACAGCCUUUUUAUGUCAGCAUUGACAGUACUGUAGUCUUGUAGUCAAUUACAAUACCCACUCUGUGCUUCUGCAGAUGAACUCCUCAUUAAAAUUGACAUGCACGCUGAUUUCCAAACCUAAACUAUCGUCCCUGCAGCACACUUGAUCAAAAGAACAAGUUGUUUAUUGUCAAUACUUAUUGUGUGGAGGACACUCCACCAUGCGUUUCCUCUUUUCCCCCUCUCUUCCCCUCUCUGCCCAACCAUCCCAACAGCCUGCGACAGGCUAGCAACACUGAGUGGAUUUUACUGUAAUUCUUGCAGAAUCCCUUGGACCUUGCAUAAUGGAAAUUAUUUGGGUCAGUAAAUCUUGUUUCCUAAUUAUAGGAAUGAAAAGAAAGAAAAAGAUAUAAUGUGAAACCAUUCCCUUAUUUUGGGACUUUUGUCUUUAGAAACCCAGGGCCACCCACUUGCUCCCAUCCGUUUUCGGUGCACUCUGUUUUAACCUUGAAGUCCAAGCUCUCUUCUCCUCUCUCCCCAGCUUAUUUUACAGUGGAGCGGAGGCACCCUCUUGCUCCCACACCUUCCUCCCUGGGGAAUUAAUCGCUUCCCCUCCCCGGCUCUUGGCUCGACUGGGACGAACGAACACUUCGCUGCCGCGGUCAUCAGCACAACCUCCCCAGCCGCCCUUCCCGCACCUCGCCGCACCCCCGGGCAGGCACCGGGCGGGCGAGCUUCACGCUCCGGCGGCCGCCCGGAGGAGGGUGCGGCGGCGGCCGCUCUCUGCCCCGGGGCAGCCGGGAGGGGAGAGCGGGGCGGAGCGCGGGGCCGCGGGCGGGGCGGGGCGGAGGAGGGAGUGGGAGAGCGGCGGGGAUCGGCGCCUGUUGCCCCGAGAGAGUUAACGGUGCGGGGAAACUCGCCUCUCCUGCGCCCAUGCCGGGCGCCUGGCAACCGGGGCGUCCGCGCACGUAGGGCCGCCGGGGGCUGCCGCCGCCGUCGCUCCCCGCCCCCGCCAGGCCCCGCGUCCCCUUCCCCGCCCCGGACAAGGCGUUUAGCGUGCCCAGGCGUGAAGUAUGGCAUGCAAAGAUGGUUUCUGCCAAGGAGCCAGCCAUCGCCAUGUCCUCGGGUCUUUCCAUCGCCCUCCUGCACUGCCUGUGCCUGGCGACGUGUCUCACCGGGCCGCCAGGGCAGAGCAAAAGAGAGGAGAAAUUGUGGCCGGAGAAUUUCACCAGCAUCCUGAACAGCCUCCUGGAUGGCUAUGACAACCGCCUGCGACCGGGAUUCGGGGGUCCUGUUACUGAAGUGAAAACAGAUAUAUAUGUCACCAGUUUUGGACCUGUUUCUGAUGUAGAAAUGGAGUAUACAAUGGAUGUCUUCUUCCGUCAGACAUGGGUAGACAAAAGAUUAAAAUAUGAUGGCCCUAUUGAAAUUUUAAGACUUAACAACUUGAUGGUUUCGAAGGUGUGGACUCCUGACACUUUCUUCAGGAAUGGGAAAAAGUCUGUCGCACAUAAUAUGACAGCCCCAAAUAAACUCUUCAGAAUAAUGAGAAAUGGCACUAUCCUGUACACAAUGAGGCUUACAAUAAGUGCAGAGUGUCCCAUGAGAUUAGUGGACUUUCCCAUGGAUGGUCAUGCUUGUCCUCUCAAAUUUGGGAGUUAUGCUUAUCCAAAGAGUGAAAUGAUUUAUACCUGGACAAAAGGACCUGAGAAAUCAGUGGAAGUUCCUGAGGAGUCUUCAAGUUUAGUUCAGUAUGACCUGCUUGGACAUACAGUAUCCACUGAAACCAUUAAAUCUAUUACAGGUGAAUAUGUUGUUAUGACAGUUUACUUCCACCUCAGACGGAAAAUGGGUUAUUUUAUGAUUCAGACCUAUAUCCCAUGCAUUAUGACCGUGAUCCUUUCUCAAGUUUCAUUUUGGAUAAAUAAGGAAUCUGUGCCAGCUAGAACUGUGUUUGGAAUAACGACAGUGUUGACAAUGACGACACUGAGCAUCAGUGCAAGACAUUCACUACCAAAAGUAUCCUAUGCUACUGCCAUGGACUGGUUCAUAGCGGUCUGCUUCGCUUUUGUGUUCUCUGCUCUUAUUGAGUUUGCUGCUGUCAACUAUUUUACUAAUAUUCAAAUGGAAAAAGCCAAAAGGAAGACAGUAAAAUCCCUUCUUGAAUUUCCAGUUGCUCCAGUACAAAGAGAAAGAAGUACAGAAGAGACACUCAUGAGUACAGAUGCCAAUUCAAAUGUGAGGAAAAGAACAAAUGCCACAGUACAGUCCGAAGCUGAUGGUGGGGGCCGAAUUGACACAAGGCACAGCUCUAUCCACCCUCCCUCUGUAGCUCAGGGGUCUUCUGACAUUACACACCACUCCCUUUCUGCAUCAAGUCCCAACCCUUUCACACGCAUCAAUGCAUCAGAGACGUUAUCUUCUGCAAGAGCUACCCCUCCAGCUCCUCCUUCUACCCCAAUUCUGACUGGAUUUGUAUCCCAGCAUGCCACAGCUGGAUCCCCUUCCAUUCAGCACUUGCUUGGAUCUAGACUGGAGCAGAUUCAGACCACCACACCUAAUACAUUAGGAGCAUCUGCAAAGCCAUCUGCUGUCACACCACCUGCUCCCCCUGCCUCCCACUCUGGCACGAGUAAGAUAGACAAAUAUGCACGCAUUUUAUUUCCUGUUACCUUCGGAGCAUUUAACAUGGUCUACUGGGUGGUGUAUCUAUCCAAGGAUACCAUGGAAAAAUCGGAAAGUCUAAUGUAGUUUUGCUGCUAUGUAGUAGUUCCUAAAUUAUACUCAUAUUUGAUGCAGAGUUUCUUCUUUCGAAACUAUUUAAAAAGGUCAAUAAUUCUUAUUUAUAAAAGCUGUGUGCUACUUUCCCGUUGAAAAGGCUGGAGUUGUUGGGGAUAAUUAGUCAACUCCUAUCAGAGUCAUGGGUAACAGGUUUGUCUUCCUCCCUUCAGCUAGCAGUGAACCAUCACUCUCUUCAGAGUACUCUGGCCACACAGAACUUAACUUUGGGAGGAACAUGCACCCGAAACAAAUCUAAGGCAGAGGCGCACAGCUGUGCAGUGGAACACAUCUUGCCUGCUAGGAAUAUGCAUGCUGGUUAUGACAAAUCCUGAGGCACUCAGCACUGCUGUCUGGGCACAGCAUUGCAUACUCGGAGUGUAAGUUCAAUGUCCUGGAUAUUUUGACAGUGCUUGCUAGGAAAGGACUUGCCUUGCUGUGUUAAAAUUGGCAGAAUGGGGGGAAGAAAAUGAACAGUGGAAAAAGAAAAGAGAGUCCAGCCUGGGAAAGUGCAACUCCAGAAAAGUUAUGCAAAGGAGUUGUAGAGCUCCGUAUAUUUUUACUAAGCUUUAUUUUGUGUUGCAACCUGGGAAAUUCUCACUCCAAAAUAAGAAUGAGUGAACCUGGUAAAAUCUGAAAUCUGAUGUAAUUCUCAAAAUUGGAGUUUUUUAUUUGGUAAGGUGAUCUUAAAUGUAUGAUUCUUCUUUGACCUUGCUGACCAGCUUGAGUGGAUUUAUUCCUAAAUUGCAUCCAUUGUGACAGAUGAGGACCAGGCCCAAAAUGUUCAGCUUACUUGAAUUCUUUGUUCUUUAUUUGGAUGCUUUGGGAUCUCCUUUCACCUUUCCUCCCCCCUUUUUUUCUCCAUAUUUUUCAGUCAUACUCCUCUGAUUUCCUUUGAACACAUAUUCCUCCCCCACCUUUAUAUAAUGUUUGAGUCAAGUUAAAUUUUCAACAUGGUUUUAAAAGUGGCUUCAAAAUUAAGCAAAACAAAUUUUCCUGUGCUUUGAUGAGCAUGUCUAUGGCACAUAUUUGACUGAAUGAGAGACACCCUUUUGUGGAAGAAUGUUGUGACAUAAACAAGAAAAGAAAGUUUCUAGGUGGAGCCUGAGGGGGAAAAAAAUGGUUUUUUUUGUGAUCCAUUUGUUUCUCUUAAACUAUGGCAUAGAUAGGUGCUUUUCUUAGCGGCUCAAGUUGCAAUAUGCAAGGAGGCAAUUUUAUUAAUAGUUUAAACAUGAUAGAAAUCUUGAUCAGAAAUGUUUUUUUCACCAAAAUGGGUGGAAGAUAUGCUGGUAAUAAAUCUAAAAAUGUUUGUACAGAUCCAUCUGGCUAGGCAAAUGGAUAGCAUUUCUGUGCAGGUGACAAGUAAAAAUCAAAGGCCAAAUUCUCAGCUGUGAUUUGGCUGUGCCUUUGAAGGGUGUGGACUAAUCCUUAGCUUCAGUUGAUUGGAAUACCAGAUCAGUAUCCUCUUGUCAAAGUUUUAUGCUGGGGGAGAGAUCAGGUAAGUGUUGAGUGAUUCUGUGCUCCAGUAGUGAUUAAGUGACUGAUGCAGACCACAAGCAAACUGUGAUCUCACGUGUCAUUGGACUGUCAGUGCUAGAAUGUGGGAAUGUCUUACAUGACUUGACUAUGAUGUGCUGAUAUAAACAGUUACCAUAGUCUUUUUUAACUUAAGCGGUGCCCUAACAAGGCCACAUGUGGUCCUUUCCCUUUUGUAUUUUACAUCUAGAAGAAGUCUGAGAUCACACCACUCUUUAGAAAACCAUUACACGUGCCAUAGGACAGAACUGGAAAUAGAGCACCAAUGCAAAAUGUCUCACUGCAGUAGUUUACAUCUUGGGAUGUAUCUCUGGUUACUGUAGCUGUUUCUUCCAUAAUUUGGUCACAUUAUUGCAGUUUAUCAGAAUAGAAGAUUACAAGACAUUGUUUGUUUAUUUUGUUAAACCAGGAGGAACAAUGCUAGUCCUUUGGCAAUUAUUGAUCAUAAUUGCAGAAAUGAUAAAAUAUUUCUAGUAUGAAGAAUAAUGGCCUUCUGUGUUAAGAACCUUGUGUUUGUGCCAGAAGUUAUUGAAAUUACUCUGCUUUCCUCUAUGAUGAAAACCAAGGAUAUUUUCUCUCAGGCAGAGCUUUGAACAAUUCACUAGAAACAGCUGUCUCUUCCUUCCACCCAUCCCCGUAUACUGAUUGUAUAAUCAGCAUUUUCAGUGCAUUGUUUAGUAGGAUCAACACUGGUUCAGGCUGUUUCACUGAGAUUAAUCUAAAUGUGCUGCUUGGAUUCAUUUGAAUUCCUGUUUCAUUUUAAAGACUUCUAAGGAGUAAAAAAAGGAUUGCAAAAGUUAGUAGAUUCCAAAUAUUUAUUUCUAUGCUUCCAUUUUGGAAGAAAUUUGUAGUGAUACCAUAGAAAAAAAAUCUAUUUUUAAUCUGUCAGUAUAUUUAUGAAAUUCCUUCCAACACUUGCGUGCCUACAUUCAAAAUUAAACACAAAAAAACCCUCAUUAUGAGUCUAGGGCUAAUUCAUUGUACUAUGCUACAUUUUUACGUUACAGCAUAUGAAGAAAUUACCAUAACUAGCUUUCCAAAUUACCUAUCGACAACGUGAAUAGGAAUUUAUUGUUAACAGUGGUUCUUCAUUAUAUUUAAUCUCCUUGUAGAGUGAUCAGAAACAGUAAAGAGCCUGCAGUAUACUCAGUAUCCCUGACAGGUUCUAAAUGCUGUAUAAUUCAGAAGCACAAACAAAAGCAAGAAUAUGCUAAAUAUAGUGGCCCAAAUAUUCAACAUUGCUACCUAAAGUCCUAAGGGAGGAAGUUGCAGGUGUCAUUUCAGUGACCAAAUGACUUAUUAGGGAUUGGUUUGAGUGAGAUGAACUCUGCAGGAGCUAUUUUUUUUUUUUUAUUGGCUUUGUCAAACAAUCUUCUUUUGAUGGUACCAUAGUGAUUUAGAAUUGAACAAACACUUUAGAUAAGUCAUCUUUCUCAACAGUAAAGGAAACUGGAGAGAAAGCUAAAAAACCUUACCAGAAACAGAGAUAGAUCUCCACUGACUGCUGUUUCCUUGGAGACGUUGUUACGAACAGCAGAACUCCCACAGAUUGCAGUGAUGCAGCCCCAGCCACUAAUGUAGUCAUUUGAGAAAACCAGUUAAAAACUCAAUUCAGGAAGAUUGCCUUCACAGGGACAGAACUGAAUUUUAUAGUCCAUUCUGAACAAGGUCAGAUUUCUAUCAGCUCACUGUCAACAGGUUUCACUGCAAUUGUGAAAAAAGCGAAGCCAAGCAAAGUGGCAAACCUAGACCCCAGCCCUCCAUGGUGACCUGAGCUCUUAGAGCUCACCAGCAGAACUGGAGUCUGUUUCUCCUCCUGUAAAAUGGACUUGUCUCCAUCACUGGAUGUUGGUGGCAUGUUUCUUCUUCCAUGUGUCUUUUAAGGGAAAUAAACCUAGACUUUAUAAACUGUUUUGUUGUCCACUCUACCCUGUGAUCGGGCAAGUAGACCAUAUGGUACUUGAAUGAAAUUGGUAGAUAAUUUAAUAAGGAACAUGAUUAGAGCUGUUCUGUUAACAGGAGCUAAAAUUUUUGGUUAGAGCGUUCAAGUGUAGCUUUUGGCAUCACGUUUUUGUCAUUCAGGAUGGACCUUACGAAAAAAUGGGGAAAUCAAAGAACUGUAUUUAUUAGGAUUUAAUUAGUAUUUCUGCAGAAAAGUGAAUGAAUUCAGCUUUUCAAUAUGCACAGAAUCCUCUUUCCUUACACUUUCUUGUGUACCUCCUGUAUGUCAUUUGGCCACAGUGCACCUUAUGCUGUAAUACAGUGUCUGUGCCAUCUGAGAACAUCAGAGUAUACAGCGUGUAUUUAUCCAUUUAAUCCGAAGCCUAACAUUCCCAUCUCCCUUGCUCUAUUGGAAAAGGAGGGAAGGCCAGAAUGGGAGAAAUGACCACACAGGAUGUAUAAGAGACACAUGUUGGCACAUUUUCCCAUAGAUGCUACAGGAGAUUUUGUAGGAGAAUCUUUCGCAGUGUGAGAAGCUGGAGCACAGUUUCUACUGUAGCACAUUCUCCCCUCAAGACAAAGCUUCCAAGAGAUCUAUUUAGAAAGCAAAGUAGGUCACGAACUUUGCAUACUGGGCUCCAGAACUUUUGCUUGACCCAAAUGAUUUAGGAGGAAAAAAAAUUUGGUGAGUUUUUCCUUAACUUCUUGGGACUUGCCGGUAGAGCUUGGCUGGACUAAAAUAGACAGGCGUUGUGUGGCGAGCACUGUUCUAGACUGCAAUAUUGACAGCUGACAAAAAAUUGCCAUUGGUUUUGUUUAAUCCAAAUGUUGAAUAACGGAUUAGGAAAACGGCAACUGUAGUGUUGAGAAACCUAGGUGAAUUGUGUGGUUUACUGAUGAUAUGGAUAAAGCCAAGGAUGAUCAAAGUUGUAGAAGUAUUACAGAACUGCAAUACUGUGGGGUAGUAAGUUUGUGGCAGGUUAGUGGGAAGUGGGCAGAAUAGGAGUUGCUUCUCUUCAUGGUCUGACAAGCAUAAAGCAAUACAGCAUGAAGUUGGAGGAGCAAAACUCUAUAAAUCAAAUUUCUUAGUGAAAAUCCAAAGGGUAAAUAGCCUUAUGGAAGUCAGUAUUAACCACCUCCAUGGCCCCCUGCCACACCCCAAAGCUCUGGGAGAAAACCAGGAAAAAAGAAACCAGUUAAGUGACAAUACCAUCUUUUCUUCCCUUUUAUUUUUUCAAGACCUUGUAUUUCUUUUACGGCAUGAUUCCAAGGUAAGUUACUUCUAUUUAUAUUGUUGUAAUGACUUGUACUGGUAUCCACUGAAAUCAAUAUGUAUUUUUCGUUUACUUCAAUGCACUGUAAACAGGAAGUUUACUGGAAGGAAAAAUGCACUAUUUUGGAAGAGUCUGAUAUGCAUUAAUUUGUACAGUCUUCAUUUGUAGAUCUCUCCUCAGAGUCAAGAUGUAGCUUUUUUUGGAGAAUGAGUGUGGUGAGCAGUUUCAGCAUGUUCUGGGUAAAUCAGACUCUGAAAGUAAGUUUUUGCUACAUCCCAAGAAAGUGACGUUUAUGUGAAGUACAGAGCACCCUGGAAUGUUAUACACUAUGUUCUUAGCUGCAGGAAAUGAACAAUGCAAUUCUUUUAGGAUUGGUAGAAUUUAUAAACAUACUUUGGUUUCACAUUAAUUAGAAAAUGCAGUAAGUAUUUCAGAAUAUACUAGCAUUGCCUUCUAGUCCAUAACUUCUACAAAUAUCUCUUAGACUUUCUUAUGCUUUUUACAUUAUUUGACUAGAAGGACUUCAAAGGAAAGCAGUUGCUAUCCACUGCAGUUCAGUACAUUUUUGGUCAUAAUUGUAUUUUCAUUUUCUUGUUCAAGAAAAACUGAGAACAUGAUGGCUUCUUUAAAACAAAAAUAACAGCAGCAAAAAUAAAAAACCUUGGAGGUUCCCUUUUUAGAAAACCAUCCAAACUCCCAUCAUUUAUUGAAUGUUCUUUUUAAAUAAUAUCAUAGUUUUAGCAUUGAAAAAUACUAAUGUGAUCCCAGCCUGGAUACACAUAUGUAUCCAUUCAAAUAAUAUCAGUUCCCUCAAUUGUGAGGGAGGCAGGCUCAGGAUGCACUUUCUGGAUGGAAGGCACUGUGUGAGGUGGAUGGUGUUUGUGUUUUUUUUUUUUUUUUUUUUGUUUUUUUUUUUUUUUUAAAUUCAUAUCUCUAUUUUCACGAAAAUAUUCCUGAGGAAAAAUACAGUACUACUGAAUUAACCCUCAGCUGUCAUAGAGAUUUAGGUUUUUUCCUGCUGGUGAUCUUGCUGUUCUUAAUCUCCUUCAACAUUUGCUCUGUGUUUUUGUGGAAGUUGUAGCCACAUUGCUAUUAACUGACGUAACACUCUACGGAUGUUUUGAUGGCAUAAAGUAGCAUUUGAAGAAAUAAUCAUUAUUUGUGAAUAUGUUUUCAUCCUUGGAAAAACUUAACUGUAGGUUGGUAGAAGAAGCAGGCGACAGUAUGAAGCACUCAGCUGGACUUGAGCUUGACGCAUUACAAAAUUUAGACACGUAUUGCUUUGUCUUGCCUCAUCGUCUUCUGCUGAUGGCUCAUCUCCAUGGUAAGUAAAGAUGCACAAGGAUGGAGGACUCAGAAGUCAAGAACAUGUACAAGUAUUUCUUCAAAGUGCUUUCAAAGUAUGAGAUUUUUUUACUUUUUACUAACAGUAACUUCACAGUCUGCUUUGCAUUUACAAGCUUUAAAAAUCUCUUCUGCUGGAAUGUACCAGGUCGUCAAAUGAAUAAAAUCAUAGUUUUUAUAAAUAGGUGAUUCUGUAUGUACAUGCAUUUCUUUUUUGUUUUAUUAAUUUGUGGCAACAUUCUCUGGCACCAGACCAGUGGUGGAGUUUUGAGGAGUUUCAGGUAACAAGAAGUCUUUGCAGAAUUACUUGAAAAUAUAAUUUGGUUUCUUAGAUGCGUGCCUUUGCAAAUCCAUACCAGCAGCACAUUCAUGGUGGAAAUGAAUCCACUUGUGCGAAAUCCUGGUCUUGUGUAUUUAACCCAUAUUUGAAGGCUCACGAAGCACAUUGGGCAGGGCAGGACUCAAGGCAUGUUUGCUGUAAGCAACAUGCUGGGUUGGAGCUGGCUUAUGUCCUGCAAUCCUCUGAAGCAGUCAGCAUGAGCCAGACCAUGAGCAGAAUCUAUGGGGUUUUGUUUGUUUGUUUUAAGACCAUGAUUACUCCACCAUAAAACUGUAUUAUUACUGAAUGUAGUACUCCCACCUUCAUCUUUGAUGUCUUGCUUUGUGUGGAGAGAAGUAUUUUUGUACUCGCUAUGAGCUGCUGGAGUAACUUGUCUAGCUAAAAACCAAGCUUGUCAUGUUGUCUUUUGCCUGAUUAGUAGCCAGAGGGAUCAGUUCUCUGAUCUGGCUCCCUGUCUUAGUGGUGGUACAAAGAAGGUGGUGAGGAGGCUGGGAUAGAUGUUUUGAGCUUUAUUAAAGCUGGUGUGAAACCACAGCCUGGGGAUUCUUAUUCUGCCUCCACUGAUAUUAAAAUAGAGGCUCUCUCAGGCUUUUUUGAACCUCAGGUGUCAUCUGUAGUAAUUUUUCCUCCACAAAGGUGAUUUUGCAAAUUACAUCAGAGACAAAUAAUGGAGGAAAAAAUAGUAGGCUUGAAUUUAUAGAAGAACCCAAAUCAAUAAAGUUACUUGAAGAGAAAGAAAAGGAAGAGAAGGGAAAACAUGAGUAAGGAUGAAAAUUUAGUUUCUUGCCACCAAGCAGUUAUUUUAAGAUAUGUCCUAUUAGAGGUACUAGAACAGCAUCUGGCAGGAAACAGCCUAGAAAUAAUUAUUUCUUCAUUAUAAGUAUAAUGAGAAAAUAAUAAAGAAAAUAAGUUGCUAAUGUCCUCUCAGAAACAUUUGUGUUUCAUAGAAGUUGUUUUCGUUAAAAAAGGGUAUUCUCAUCAACAACCAAGAAGAAUUAAGAGACAGAAUGGUAAGGGAAAAAGUUGAGUUUUAUUAAGUAUUGCUGAUUGCCUGUUUUAGAGCAUUUCUCACCCAAAAAUCUAAACAGCAACAUAUUUUUUUAAUCUUUCUGGGCCUCCAUAUAUUUCAUUUUCAGUAAUGAAGCACUUUCAAACUUUUAACAUUUAACUUGCUUUAUGUUUAAGAGACUGAGUACAGAGAUUGAUACCUCUGAUUUAAUCCAGUUAUAAAAGGAAAGGGGAAAAAAAAAAAAAAAAGAAAAAAGGUUUCCUUACAGUAACAGACAAUUUUUGAAAGUAUCAUGCCUUCUUACUAAAUCAGAAGACUUAAUACCUGUACCUAAGUUUGUGGGAGCUUUUUAGUGCUGAGUAUUUCUGAUAAUCUGGUCAGUACUAUAGUUUGUGGAUUGUGGCUGCAUUUAAAGUUUAAAUGUCUGAAAAUGUACAUCUGUAACCUCGGCGCUUGCACAGCGUGGAUCCUGUGAAAGGCAAAGAUGCAUUUGUAACCCACCGUAGGGGUGCAUGAGAGCUGUUACAUUGCUGAUGUGGGAGAAGGUAGGAAUUUAUGGGCAGAAAUAAAGGGGAGGAAUGAAAAUGAGAUUAUGCAGAUUUUACAUUGCAGGGGUGUCAAACUCAUUUUCAGCAGGGGCCACAUCAACCUUGUUGUUGCCUUCAAAAGGCUGAAUGCAAUUUUAGGACUGUAUAAAUUUAGGAGUAGUUACAUUUAUGCAGUCCUAAAAUUGCAUUUGGACCUUUGAAGGCAACGACGACGCUGAUGUGGCCCCCGGUGAAAAUGAGUUUGACACCCCUGCUAUAUUGGAUUAAACCACUUAUGAAAAUGCUCCCUAAACUACCUUUCAAGUAGGCACCUUAUGUGUCAGCUGAGCACAGUGUGGAAUUCAACACCAACUGCUAAUCCAGCCCAAGGAUCAGCACAGUUAAUCUGUCCUGAGGUUUCUGAUGCUAUGAGUAGAAGACUGGAAAGAUGUGAGCCAGCAGCUGCUGCCAGCUGGGAUGCAUCCACGUUGCUGUGCAUCCAAGCUGUACUCUGGGGAAUCAGGGUCCGUGGAGCACUGGGGGUGGGAUGUAAAACGCUUUAUUGGAGUACAAAAUAGAGCAGACUGAAGCUGAAGAAAACUCUUCCUUCAGCUAAGCACUGUUGUUACUCACUGUAACAGCACUGAACACCCUAAAGUUGGACCAAGGUGUAUUGCAGUCUUGUCUUCUCCUUGCACAUCUGCUACAUGUUCUGAUAUGGAGAGUGGUGGGAGUGACAAUUACAUGCAUGGUAACUGUACAGAGCAUGCUUAGUGUUGCUGCCUGGUAAGUACCUGCAGUCUCAUGCCAGCAGUUUCUGGGCCUUCCCAGAAGAUCUGCAUCACUAAUUUUCUGUAAGAAUUUAUUAUGCCUCUGCCACUUCUCCCAUAGCUUAAAUAUUGGAAAAGGGGUUUUAUCUUUGAUGCUUAUGUCUCCAUUUCUUUGAGAUUUCAUGAAGAAGAACAGCUGAAAUUUUCCUCAAGUUUUGUUUGUUUAUUUUUUAAAAAUAGAGGUUUCCUCACCUUCACACAUGGAAAUCACAAGCUCUGUUGCAAACUUAGCAAGCACUUCCAAGAUAACUUUUAGAGAACCUCUGUGAUUAUUAAAAAGAUAGUUUUAUUUUCAAAUAAAAUCUCUCAUUUGGAGUGUAUUUAGUUACAACUUUUUAAGUGAGUGUAGUUUGUCAAAAUAUUUUCUCUGUACUGAAAAUUAUUUGUAGCCAUUUCACUUAGGAAGCUAAGACACAAUGAAUAUAUGUGGGUAUUCUGUUAAGCUAGUUAAUAUAUGUCAUGUUGGAAAGAUGCUUAACCAUGUGAUAUUGUGUAGCCAUUUCAUAAAUACAUGGAUUGUCUUUUUUUUUCUUUGGAGAAUAUGAAGACCAUACAUAAGCAGAAGGUGGGAGAAUUUUGUAGUGAGAUUUGCAAAGGCUACUUUUCACUUCCUAUCUGGAUAUCGUGUGCAUAAAUAUAGUAAAAUCAAGUAAGAGAGAACAUGUGAGUAAAACAAAAGACCUUUUUUGAUCUUCAUGCUUUCAAUUGUUUUUAUGAAGUUAUGUGAGUUAACAGCUUCCAUAUACACUUCCAGAUUUUCUCUCAGUGAUGCCAUGGAGGAAGUGUAGAAGGCAAUGCCUUUUCAAACAAGACCUGGGAACCUUUGGGUUCAGUUCAUUAGUCCAGUCAGGAGGGCACUCGGUAAGGGCUGGCCUUGCUGAGCUAGGAACAUGUUUUCAUAAGUCUAAAUUUAGUUCUAGUCGAGGAAUCUGUUCAGCAGGAGAAGGCAUCUCAGUUCUGAGUAAGAACAGCUGAAGCUGGAGACCAUUAGGCAUUUUGCUGAGGUAAGUUGUGAGAGUUGAAUUGGGCUUAAGAGCAGCUCAUUAGCUAUUUAAAAACCCCUAAGUGUACAAUCUAAAAACAUGCUUCAGCUUAUCCUGCUACUUUUGCACCAGUUUCGUUUGUUCUGGACCUGUCCCUGGCUUUUCUCCCUUGCCUCACAGCUGAGGUGGGGCAUGGCAGGUGCUGGGGUGGUGGGGAAUUUGCUCGCCUUCCUCUUGCUGCAGGUUCUCUCUGUGCUGAGCAUCACCAGAGUGGACAGGAGAGCCUGGGCAGGGAGAGAGCACAUGCCCAGCAUGGUGCCAGAUAAAACCUGACAGUCAAGCAGCAAGGUGCAGAGUGGGUAGGGUUGGAGUACUGAUGCAGUGGUCUUUGUAGAUUGUUGCAUGGGUUUCAAGAUCCAGCAUCAGUGCAGUGACAUAAAGCACUUUGGAUGUUUGAAAUAAAAGUCAGUUGUAGGGCAGACAAAAGAUUUUCUGGUUUCUAGAUUUUCUGGAUGAGUGCUAGCACUGCCAGCCUCUUUGUGCUGUGUGCUGCUCUGUCAAGGACCAUUCCACUUGGGUGUAUAUGAAGUGUUUCAUCACUAUCAAAUAUACAGAACAGCAACAGUUUGUUAAAAGCCUGGCUGCAGACACAGCAUUUACUUGCUAGUAAUAAGGAAAUAAGCCACCUAAUAGUUGCCUUGAGUUCCUGUUUUUUGUCACCCCUACCUACCGUUCUUGUCCUCUGCCAGUCCUACCGGUUCUGAUACUCCAAAUUGCUGCGACACUCCCGUGAGCUGUUACAAUUGGUCCAUCUGACAAACGAUGUGAAACGCUCUCUUGCUCUCUAGCUCACGCUGCUCAGAGAGGCAGGCUGGGAGAUACUAACUUCUGUGCUAAUUCAGAGUGUAAUGGCUGUACCACCUGAGGAACCAAAAGAAAAUGGAGGAUUUCUAUGUGAGGAUUUCUAGCAGCUGAUAUAGCUGUGUGUAAUUUUUAAAUUGAGAAAGGUAAAAAGCAAGAAAAUGGUAUUUACUGGUAUUUUAACUGUGAGAUUUUCUUUUCCUGUAAAGCCCUGCCCAUUGCAACCAAUGCAUUUGGGUUUAAGCUUAGGCAUUGUAAGAAAUGCUACCAGUGAAAAAUAUGAACCUUUUGGGACUAUUUUUAUAUUUGUUUUCUGUAAAAGCUGCAGAAUGCAGAAAAUACACACUAGAGCAGAGUAGUAGAAAUGCUUCUUUAAGGCCCUCUUAGGAAAGUCCUGAAUCCCCUAACUUCAUCAAGAAUUUACUACUUCUGCAAUAUGUGGCUGUCUUAGAUGCAUGUUGCAAGAAUUUCUGUGCCAUGCCAAAUUCUGAUGUUUAUCCCUCUGUAUUGACUCAUACAUGGGGAAAAACUGAAAGGAAAUCAAAGCGAGGGAAGCCUUGGAGUUGAAUUUGUUUACACUAUUCUUCAUGCACAUUUUUGUUGCAUGGAACAAUGUGGCUGGGAAGAUAAGAAAAAUCAAAGGUUAACUAAAUUAUUCGAAUGCAUAUAUUCAAUGCUGGUCACCUGACUAUACUAACAAACUUAAAAGGUGGUUUGAUAGCUGUCAACUUGUUUUGCUAUUGUGCAGCUUAACUGUUACCUUCCUGUAUUAUGAACAUCUAUGUAUCUGGAAAAUAAAUCCAUCUUGCAAGAAAGAUUGUGCAAAAAAAUUGUUCCUAUUAUACUCCAGUGUAUAUUGCUGAUGUCAAAUAAAAUACAAUUGUGAGAGUUCUUAAA